GGCACACAUCAUUGUUUUACAUCAGGUGGCGUUCUGGCUCGAGCCAUUUGGCCUCACGCCACGCUGGCUUAGUGUGGUGGCUCGAAGCCACCGUGUCAGUCGACGGAGUCCCCGCAUCGACAUAAGCAACAUCACAAGUGGCGAUCGGUCUUCAUGGUGGCUGCACCCGCGGAGGGGCGCAGGAGGGCAGCGUGCUGCGGCAGGCCGUGCCGGCACCGCAGGCGGGCGCGGCUCAAGAACGGCAUCGGCCGCCUGACGCUGAAAUUCGCGGACCCGAGGAAGGAGGAGGGCUUCGCGAGCCUCCACAAGGAGCGGCUGGCCCACAGCAUGUCGUAUGGGGCUGUGAUACUUGCGGUUGAGGGCGUGAUGAGCCUGAUAGCCCACAGGUUCUGGGACGACUCCCAGUACCCUACAAAGGAGGCUCGAGAGCUCAGGACGUGGCAGAUGCUCAUCCUUGUAGGCAUCCACGUGGCCGGGAUCUUCGUCCUCGGAGCUGGGAGAUUCAUUGCCAAGCAAAAAUUUGCCAGUACCUCGGCGUUGGAGAUCUUCGUUGUUUCUGCAGCAAGCUGCUUCAUGAUACUUACAGGGGUCAUUCCGAAGCACUACAUUGCGCGAUUGUUCGGCCACCGCGACGCGGAGGCCAUUUGGGGCGUGGACUUGGGCCCCACGGACGGCACCCUGAUAUUGUACAUCGAUAUGGUUGUCACCGUCGUGCACUGGCUGAUGCCCAUCCGCUGGUUCGUGCUCGCCCCCUUGGAGGUGAUUGCGAUCCUGGCCUACGCCGUACCCGCGGUGCUGCUCGGCAGCCCGGCCACAAACAUGGUCCCGUUCAACGGCCUCGCGAUCCUCCUGCUCACGCUCGUCGCGGCCUUCGGGAAGCGGGCCUUCGAGUGGCAGGAGCGCCAGCUCUUUGCAGGGCUCCUGUCGGAGAAGCAGAUGCGGUUCCAGGCCGAGUUCCAGCUGUCCAGGGUGGGCAGCGGCGAGGCGGCGGCGAGGGCAGAGGACGCCGGCUCCGAGCGGUCUGCCAGGCUGUCGCGCCCGGGGACGACGAUGAGCGCAGCGGCGUUCGACGGCAGCGUGGAGGACGCGCCGCUGGACCAGAUCCGCGCGAUCGGCCUGCGGGAGCAGUGGCUCAUUGCCAACGAGGAGGUGCAGAUCCUGCCCGACAGAGUUCUCGGCGAGGGCGGCUUCGGCAUUGUCGCGCUGGGCCUGUACCACAACACGAUCGUGGCGGUGAAGACGCCGAGGCGGGACAUCGCGCGGAAAGGCGCCAUCUCCUCGACAUUGUCCGAGCUCUGCAACGAGCUGAGGAUCCUUCGCCGCAUCCGCCACCCCAACAUCGCAGUCUUCUAUGGAGCGUGCAUGGACGAGGCCCUGAGCAGGCUGUGCCUGGUGCUCGAGUUCGUGGACGGUGUGUCCCUGAGCGCGUUCCUCCGUGGCCCAUCAUCACGCGGCCGCAAGGGGCCCGGGAAGCCGCGCGGUGGAGCCUCGGAGGCCAGGGCAGUGGCGAACAGUAUCUCCGUGAGGUCCGUGCUCAUUUUUGACAUCCUGAACGCGCUGUGCUACCUCCAUUCGAGGGAGCCCGUCGUCGUCCACGCCGACCUGAAGGACUCCAACGUCUUCGUCGAGGAGCGGCGCAGCAGGAUCGGGGGGAUCUCGCACCGCGCCAAGCUGCUCGACUUUGGCCUGUCGCGGAUCCUCACCCGGAGUGCCAGGCCUCUCGGCGGCACGCCCCGGUGGAUGGCUCCAGAGUUGUUCUCGCGCGUCCCCCCCGACACGGCUGCCGACUGCUACUCCUUCGGGUUGCUGACGCACUUCAUCGCGACAGGGCUCCUGCCCUUCGAGGGCAAGCGGGCCGCGCAGGUGGCCAAGCGGCUGCGGGGCGGGCAGCCGCUCAAGCUGACGUGGCCCAUGCCCGCCAACGAGAUCUCGGACGCCUGCCGGCCGCUGGUGGAGCAGUGCACCCAGGCGAAGCCAGCGCUGCGCCCUUCGGUGCGGCAGGCCAGCCGCAAGCUGUCCCUGGUGCUGGGCCACGUCGUCAGCGGGGCCAUGGACGCGGUGAUCGAGCAGCUGGACGUCAGGGGGCCUGACGGCGGGGGCAGGAGGUCACAGGGCCAGGGCGCAGCCAUGCCCGAUUCCGCGGACGCCGCGGCCAACAACGACGGGCUCGAGGAGUUCCUCCGCGUGGUGGAGGUGAGGCAGACCAGCAGCGCCAGCGUUGGUUCGUUCGUGUCCUGCACGGGCUCCAGGGAUCUGCCCCCAGUGCAGGAGCACGAGGUACUGCAGACUGGAGAGGCCCCGAACGGCGCCGCGGCGCCGCCGCUCGGGAGCCACAGCGCGUGCGCGCAGGCGCAGCUGACGUACCCUGAGUACAAGCCGACGCCGCUGCGCACGCAGACACUCACGCUGCUAGAGUUGUUGCUGCAGUGGAACGUUUCGACGUCGGGCAGCGCCUGCUGCUGGCUGCACGAUGCUCUGCGUUCCCUGAACACGGUGCGGAAGCAGCUUAACCAGAGGGUAUGCGAGGUGAAGCACGAGAGCAUGGUCUGCGGCCAAUGCGACAAUUGUGGGCUGCUGAUGCUGCAUGACCAGGCCUGCUGCGAUUUCUGUGAUAGCUCGCAGGACCAGUGCAUCGGGGACGACCAUGCGCACCCCGAAAAAGUUUGGAUUCUUGACGCUUCGCGUAUUCCCCCCAGCCCUUACUCAGCGGGCCGCGCAAUGACGAAUUAACCUGCUGGUGGGGA